UCAUCGACAACCAACAAAUUCAAUCAAUCAAUAAUUGCCAAAUAUUGCUCAUCAUCAUCAAUGUUAUUUCAAUGUAAAAAUAUUUCCAAUUCAAAUGAUCAUCACAGCCAAUCAUCAUCAACAAAGACCACGACUAUUCGACGACCAAAUUCUCAUUUGACAAUGUUAUCAUUCAUCAUUUUAGCCAUCAUUGUUUCAGUGAUGAUGAAUGGUGCUAAUGUUGUUGAUGGUGGACUAGUCCAUGGACAACAGCAACAACAAGAAACCAAAAAAGAAUGGUCAUCAUCGACAACAUUACGACGACCAAGAUAUCAUACAUUGUAUGCAUGCGAAGGAAAUUCAUUAGAAAUACAAUGUGAUGAAGGUACACAUAUCAAUUUGAUACGUGCAAAUUUUGGCCGAUUUUCCAUCUCGGUUUGUAAUGAACAAGGAAAUGUUGAUUGGAGUGUUAAUUGUAUGGCACAUCGUUCAUUUAGAGUUAUACAAGAAAGAUGUGCUGGUCGUUCGCGUUGUAGAAUCGAAGCAACUGUAUCAACAUUUAAUGAGGAUGCCUGUCCUCGUGUACAUAAAUAUUUAGAAGUACAUUUUAAUUGUACAAAACCAGGAUCAUUAUUAACAAAUAAUAUCCAACAACAUUUAGUCAAUCAAACCAAUAAUGAUUUCGACAAUCAUAGUGACGGAAAUUUCAGUCAUCAUGUUGAUGAUGAUUAUGAUAACAAUCAAGCUUCUAAUCAUCAUCAUAAUGGCCAUCAUAAUCAUCAUCAUCAAGUAUCAUUUCCACCGGUUGUAUUGUUUCCAGAACCACCAAUGCAACCAUCAAACGGAAUCGGAUCAUCAACAGCAUUGCCACCACAUAUUGAUCUAACAUCACAGGAUAUUAAGGAUCAAGAAGAAGCAGUAGAAAAAGCACCAUUAUCAAUUGUUGAUGAACCUGGACCGAUUCAAGUUAAACCACCAAAACCAAUUGAUCUAUCGGAAGAUUCAUCAUCAAUGGAUCAAGAUGAUAAUAAUUAUGAUUUACCAUCAUCAUCAGAUGAUACAUCCAAUGAUACACCAUAUAAUCGUGCAUCAUCAUCCAGCACCACUACUGUAUCGUCGAAUCCUUUCGGUCAUCAUCAUGUUAAACAACAUCCAUUCAAUAAUGCUGCUCAAUAUCCACAAUCAGAAUCAUCAGAACCAUCGUCUUCGUCUUUUCCAUCGUUGUCCAUUGGCAAACCGGUACCUACGGCUAAACCACCAAAACCGGAUAAUUAUGAUCCACCACAAUCACCAUCAUCAUCUUAUUCGGAAAAUGAUGAUCCAUCAUCUUCAUAUACAUCACAACCGGAUGAUGUUUUAUUGGUACCGGUUCCAGUACCAGUACCUUCAAUCGAUUUAGUUUAUGAUUAUUGUCGGCCAAUGUAUGCCAAAAAUCUUAAUUGGAAUUGGACAAUGGCCGGUAAUGUACUGCGACAAGCAUGUCCAAUUGGUGCACGUGGUAUUGCACGUUGGUCAUGCAUAAUUGACAAUGGUGAACCAACAUGGACACCACAUCUGCCGGAUAUGUCAAAUUGUUCAUCACUAUGGAUUGCUCAUCUUUUGGAUCGUCUCCGUUCGCAAGAAUCGAUAUUUUCAUUAGCCGAAGAAUUAGCUAAACAAGCUAAAGGAAAAAUUCUAUAUAGUGGUGAUUUGAUUAGUGCUGCCGAUAUUAUUAAACAAUUGGUGAUCAGAUUAGAAACCAAAUUAGAAGAAAGUAAAGAUGAUCAAGAUCGACGUGCACAUUUGAUUAAAGAAUUAUUGAACUCUGUAUUGAAUGUUGCGAGUAAUCUUUUGGAAGAAAUACAAAUGGAAUCAUGGCAUGAAUUGAAUCCACAUGAUCAACGUUUAGCCAUACGUACAAUGAUUCGUGCAAUGGAACGUAUUGCCGAAUUGUUAGCCGAUGUUCGAUCGCAACCAAAUUAUAAUUUUGUUCGUACACAUAAUAAUAUCUUGGUUUCUGUUCAUGUUCAUUCAUUAGCAUCAUUAGAAAAUGGAAUGCAUCUUCCAUUCGUUCUGUCACAAUAUGAUUCGUCCGUUCCAUCAAUGUCCGAUUCGACAUCGAAUGAAGUUUCAGUUCAUAUUCCAUAUGAAGUUCUGGUUCAACAAGCUAAUGAUCAAGGACAAGUUAAAGUUAUCUUCCUAAUGUAUCGAAGAUUAGCGAAUUUAUUGAAAAUUCGAACACCAACAAACAAUUAUCAUGAUUAUCCAAUUCAUUUACAACCAUAUGCUUAUAAACAAUUUUCCGAACGCAAUGAUUAUGAAUAUCCUAUGUAUCAAUAUCAACGUCAUCAUAAUAAUCACCAUCAUUAUCCCAAUAAUAAUGGAAUGUAUCGAUCAUCAACCCAAACGAUAAUCAAUUCCGAUAUUGUUGGCCUAAUUUUGGCUACAGAUUUUCAUGAACAUUCAUCAUAUGAUCGAUUACCAGUACCAUUGAAUGGUGGUUUGAUUGAAUUGACAUUUCGCCAUUUACAAACAGAAAAUGUAACAAAUGGUCGUUGUGCAUAUUGGGAUAUGAAACGUAUCGAUGAAGAUACAUUCGGUGAUUGGUCAACAGCUGGUUGUGAAACAAUAUCCACAAAUCGUACACAUACUAGUUGUCGUUGUAAUCAUCUGACUAAUUUUGCUGUUUUAAUGGACAUUACAAAUGUACCCAUGGAUGCAAAUGAUGAAUAUGUUUUACGAAUGAUAACAAGAAUCGGCUGUUCAAUUUCGAUUAUUGCAUUAGCUAUAACAUUGCUUACCCUAUCGGUUUACAGGUAUGUGUUGUAUUCAUUUAUUGAAUUGCUUCAUUUAUUGAAUUAUUUUAUAAACAGAAAUCUAAAUUCAAUUCGAAAUUCAAUUCAUAAACAUCUUUGUGCUUGUCUUUUGGUUGCCGAGGUUAUAUUUUUGUUGGGAAUUGAUGAAACACGUAUCAAAUUAGUUUGCGGAUUGAUUGCCAUUGCAUUACAUUAUUUCUUUUUGGCAUCAUUUUUAUGGAUGUUUUUCGAAGGUUUACAAUUGUAUACAAUGUUGGUACAAGUAUUCGAAAAUCGUCAUAAUCGUAUGACCAUCUAUUCAUUGGUUGCAUAUGGUGCACCAGCAUUAUUAGUUAUUGUUGCUGCAUUGGUUGAUCCAUUAUCAUAUGGAACUUCGCAACAUUGUUGGCUAAGAACUGAUAAUCAUUUUAUUUGGAGCUUUUUGGGACCAGCAUUAGCUAUUCUUUUGGCUAAUGCAUUAUUCUUAACAUUGGCCAUUAGUAUUAUCUGUAAACAUUCACCAAAUUCAAUAAUAACAUCGACAACAACUAAUUUUUCGACUGUUGUUCAUCAAAAAAAUCAUAAUCAUCAUCAACAACAGCAACAACAUUUAAAAGUUUAUCCAUCAUCAACAUUGACACCAUCGCCAUCGUAUUCAAUCUCAACUGAACAUAGUAAAAUGCAUUCAAUCAAAAUUUGGAUACGAACAUCGAUAUCAUUGUUGGUAAUGUUGGGUUUAACAUGGUCGAUCGGUGUUUUCUAUCUAGCUAGGCCAACAUUUACAAUGGCUUUUAUAUUUACCGUAUUCAAUUCGUUACAAGGAUUAUUGAUAUUUAUUUUCUGCUGUAUUCUUAAUGAAAAAGUUCGCCAAGAAUAUCGUAAUAGUUUGACACGUAGCUGUCGUCGUUGUUUCUUUUUCCGUACCAUUGAUCAACAAUCGAUGGCAUUCGGAACAAAAAGUUCUUCGGAUUCAACACGUUCAACAUCAUUGCGUGAUUCUCAUCAUUUAAUAAUGAAUGGUGGUUCAACACACGUAGGUCAUCAUUUAUCACAACAACAUCUUUAUAUGCAACAACCGGCUGCAUCAUUUUUAGGUUCAAGAAAUGUUUCGGCUUCAGCUGCACCACGAACUUCGCUGCUAUAUUUAAAUGAAUUAUUGGGAAAAACUUCAAGCAAUAGCGAAACACCAACAGCCGUAGCAAAUUCACCAACGACUGAUCAACCAUUGAUUCCUACUCAAAUGAUUCAUUCAACUCCAUCGAUUCAUCAAUUUCAAAAUAAUUUACAACAAAUCAAUCAAGACAAUCAACAGCAACAUUUCAAUCAUAGUCGUCUAAGUCAAGCAUUAUCAAGUAUCAGUCAGCUAACCAAUACUAUACAAGAUGAUACAUCAUCAUCUGAUUAUGGUUGUCGUCGUUUGACACAAAUGUUUGAACAUAUUUAUGAAUGUAUUGAUGAAGAUCCUUAUGUUGCUAAAUUAUUAUUACCGGCUAUUCAACGAUCAUUGGAUAAUCAUCAAGCACGUGCUCAUCUUUGCCAACAACAAGAUGGUCAUCGUAAUGCUGGUCUUACACCAGCACUUUUAGCCACAUUAAAUCGUGCAUCACAACGUAAUCUAUCCAAUCAGAUACGUUUACAGCCGAAUAGUAGUUAUCUUUCAUCCGGUAAUAAUCAUCAUACUAUUGGUCAUGGAAAUAUUGGUGGUCUUCAUUUACCUGCCAUUGUACGUGAUAAUACAGCUAUGGUGAAUGGAAAAUCAAUUCCAAACGGAUCUCCAGCACAAUCUCAUCAGCAGCAGCCACAACAACAACAGCAACAAACGGUUGCUUUAUUGGAUGGUGAUCAAGUUCGUUGCUGUACAUUGAAUGAUCAUAAACUUUGUGAUCAUCAAUCCGAAUCAAUGAAUCAUGUAAUCAACAACAACAAUAAUAAUAAUAAUAAUUUUUUGCAACAACAACAACAUUCACAGAAUAUUCAACAAUCUCAACAGCAGCAGCAACAACAACAACAAAUGAUUAAUCAUCAACAAAUGAUGAACGUUUUAAAAGGCCAAAACAACAAUAUGACCAAUGGAAAUCGUCAUCAUUUAGCAAGCGAAUGUUGAUAAGAAACAAAAACGACAUUAUUGUUUUUCAAUUCAAAAUUCAAAAUGUGAUCCUUUUAUUACGGAAGAAGCCUGCCGUAUUCUAUCCGUAUUUUUUCGUGUUUGUGAUAUUUUCUCAUCUUUAAAUGUUUUUUCUU